AACCCGAGUAGUAGGUAGUUCAUUAAAUAUGUUAGUUAAUUAUAUUUGUAAGAAAUAUUUUUUGAAAUGUGACCAAAACACUUUACGCAUUCAUAAAAGAUUGCGUUCCUUAGAUAAAAUCUGGAAGACCCCUUGGAAAAAGUACGUACGUCAUUCCCAGACUCAUUGUCCACAAAUUUGUGGGCGGGGGUUCGGGGACUACGAGGUGGUGCGGCCGGGACGGGUGAGCGCGGCCCGCCCCGUGCCAGCGCACAUCCCGCGCCCGCCCUACGUGCACGGCACGGAGCCGGAGCAGCGCGAGGCGGAGGUGAAGACGGAGCAGCAGGUGGCAGGCAUGCGCGCCAGCUGUCGCCUGGCGCGGCUCGUGCUGGACGCAGCCGGCCGCUCCCUGCAGGCCGGGCGCACCACGGACGAGGUGGAUGCACUGGUGCACACACUCAUCGUGCAGCACGGAGCGUACCCCUCGCCCCUGGGCUACCACGGCUUCCCCAAGUCCGUGUGCACGUCCGUCAACAACGUGGCGUGCCACGGCAUCCCGGACGACCGGCCCCUGCGCGACGGUGACCUGGUCAAUGUGGACGUCACGGUGUUCCUGCACGGCUUCCACGGAGACUGCUCAGAGACGUUCCUGGUGGGACGUGUGGACGAGCAGGGCCGCCACCUGGCACGCACCACGCGCGAGUGUCUGCGCCGUGCCAUAGCGCUGUGCCGCCCAGGCCGCCUGUUCUGUGCCCUCGGCGAGGAGAUAGAGGACACCGCGCGCGCGGCCGGACUCACGGUGGUGCCCGCCUUCGCAGGCCACGGCAUCGGCACGUACUUCCACGGUCCCCCGGACAUCUACCACUGCUACAACAGCUACGAGGGCCGCAUGGCCGCGGGCAUGACCUUCACCAUCGAGCCGGUGCUGGCCCAGGGGGCGCCCCAGGUGGAGGUACUGGAGGACGGCUGGACCGCGGUGAUGCUGGACGGCGCUCGUGCCGCGCAGAGCGAGCACACCGUGCUGGUCACGUCCUCCAGGGCGGAGGUGCUCACCGCCCUCGGGCCCACGGGCCUCGGCCGACCACUGCCCUGACCACAGCUCGCCAGUGUCCCCUCGGGGUGCAGUCUGCGGUCUCUUCCCGGGGUCGUCGUUCCUCGUGAUAUGAACUCAAGUGUUCCAAAACUAAAUAAUUUAAUUUUUGUACAUUAAUAAUUUGUGUUCCUGAAUGUGAAAACCAGACAGAUUUGGUGAGACAGGUUGGUCGUUAGCUAUUUAAAUAAAAAUGUGAAAGUAUAACAACUA